GGUGAUGACGUCAGAGGCUAAUGGCUGCCGCCGCGGCUGCCGUGCCGGAAUCCUGGCAGACGGCUGGUCCGCGGAAGAGGCGCUCGGCGGCGCGACAGCCACGGCGGAGGGAGGCGGCGCCCCGGGACCCCGAGGCGGAAUUCGAGGCUGACAGCGGAGUCGUGCUUCGUCGCAUCUCGGACGCUGAGAAGGACCUGCUUAUCUCUGAUUUCUGGAGUUCAGCACUAGAAACCAUCAAUAAAUGUCUCACAACACAUCUGGAACAGCUGAAGGCCCCUGUGAGGACUCUCUCGGACACCUUUGGAAACCUGCAUCUUGACUCAUCGCCAGAUGAGUCAGAUGUGGCCCCUGACUCUAUCCCAGGAGGGACCCUGGACACAGGAACCUGCCUUUGGAAGUGUGUGUGUUACGGCAUUGGGAACUUUGCCACCUGCAUCAUUGCUAGAAACCAGCUAACAUUUUUGCUGCUUUUGUUGGAGAAGUGCCAGAUUCCCAGAAGUCACUGUUGGGUGUAUGACCCUCUGUUCAGCCAACUUGAAAUUGACGUACUUAACACCCUUGGUGUGACUGUUCUCAGUGAGAACGAGGAAGGGAAACGGAGUAUUUGCGGGGAGGCUACCAUCUUUUACAUGCUCCACUGUGGGACGGCCUUGUACAACAAUCUUCUGUGGAGUAACUGGUCCGUAGACGCCCUUUCUAAGAUGGUCAUCAUUGGGAACAGUUUCAAAGGACUGGAAGAGAGAUUGUUGGCAAGGAUUCUGCAGAAAAACUAUCCCUACAUUGCAAAGGAAAACGAGAAAUCUGAAUACGGACUAUCACUUCUGAAACAGAAAGAUUCAUCACCGCUUUUUAAGUAAGAGUGUGAUCCGUGAAGCAGCAGCAUUAGAAUCACUGGAGGGAGAAAAGAGUCCUGAGGUCCAGUCUAGACUCAAAAUUCCUGGGAGGCGCCUAGACACCUGUAUUUCUGACCCGGUCAUCCAGGUAAUAUAACAAUACACGUCUGAGAACCACACUUUAAGGUCUAUGACACACUGUAUGUCCCACAGCAAAUGACAACAGCAACUGUCACCAUUGUUCCUUGACUGCUUGGAAACGUAAUACUUAAUACUCUAUAUGCAUGUACACUGACUGACUGACUGCUUGGAAACGUAAUACUUAAUACUCUAUAUGCAUGUACACUGACUGACUGAAAUUUAAUCUAUCUUUAAAAAAGAAAAUAGUCAAUGCUGGCUAACGAGCCCCGGGGACUCUGUCCUGACGUCCUG